GCGAACCGCCCUCAGGAAGUGUUACUCACCGCCGGGAAUGUGAGCGCUCCUGCCUCGGGGGCUGGAUUCUCCUCCCGAGUCCUAGGAGAAACCGGGAGAGACCCAAGGCGCUCUCAGCCAUGGAAAGCCCCCGGGAGCCAGGAGCUGGGCCUCUCGGAGCCCCCAGCCUGCCCAACUUCGCACCUGGGCGCCCGGAGAGAGAAAAGCCCGCCGAGGACCCGCCGUACGACGUGCCUGGAGCCGGCGGGCGGCCGGCGGGCGGGCCCCAGCGGCCCGGGCGCAGCGUGAGCCUGCGGGAGCGCUUGCUGCUCACGCGGCCGGUGUGGCUGCAGCUGCGGGCCAACGCCGCGGCCGCGCUGCACGUGCUGAGGACUGAGCCCCCCGGGACAUUUCUGGUGCGGAAAUCCAACACUCGCGGGUGCCAAGCCCUGUGCGUGCGGCUGCCCGAAGCCAGCGGCCCCUCCUUUGUCUCCAGCCACUACAUCCAGGAGAGACCUGAGGGCGUCUCCUUGGAGGGCUCAGAGCUCAUGUUCCCAGACCUGGUCCAGCUCAUCUGCGCCUACUGCCACAGCCGGGACAUCCUUCUCCUCCAGCUCCAGCUCCCCAGAGCCAUCUGCCAGGCAGCCACCCACAAGGAACUGGAAGCCAUCUCCCAUCUGGGCAUUGAGUUUUGGAGCUCCUCCCUCAACACCAAGGCCCAGCCGGGCCCAUCUGAAGGCCAGCUGCUGCCCCGGCUGAAGCCCCGGUCCCCACAAGAGCUGGACCAGGGCACGGGAGCCGCCCUGUGCUUCUUCAAUCCCCUGUUCCCAGGGGACCUGGGCCCCACCAAGCGGGAAAAAUUCAAGAGGAGCUUCAAAGUGCGUGUGUCCACAGAGACCUCCAGCCCUCUGUCACCACCUGCCGUGCCACCUCCCCCGGUCCCCGUGCUGCCAGGUGCAGCCCCCAGCCAGAUAGAAAGCUUCCCCCCUCACCAGCUUCUGCAAAGGGAGAGCUCAGUGGGGUACCGUGUGCCAGGGGGCCCCAGGCCCAGCCUCCCACCUCUGCCCUCCCUCCAGGAGGUAGACUGCGGCUCCCCCAGCAGUUCAGAAGAGGAGGGGGCACCGGGGUCCCACAGAAGCCCAGCGACCUCCCCUGGCCUGGGCCGCCGGCGGCCCCUGCUUCGGUCCAUGAGCGCGGCCUUCUGCUCCCUGCUGGCGCCCGAGCGGCAGGUGGGCCGGGCUGCCACAGCCCUGGUGCAGGACAGACACACGGCUGUGGGCCAGCUGGUACAGGACCUACUGACCCAGGUGCGGGCUGGCCCUGCACCCCGGGAGCUGCAGGGGGUCCGAGAGGCACUAAGCCGGGCACGGGCCAUGCUGAGCGCGGAGCUGGGCCCUGAGAAGCUGCUGCCUCCUGAGAGACUGGAACACACCUUGGAGAAGUCGCUGCAUCGCUCCGUGCUGAAGCCUCUCCGGCCCAUCCUGGCGGCCCGCCUGCGGCGCCGGCUCUCCACCAAUGGCUCCCUGGGCCGCCUGGCUGAAGGCCUGCGCCUGGCCCGGGCCCAGGGCCCUGGAGCCUUUGGGGCCCGCGUGAGCCUCCCCUCCCCGGCCGAGGUGGAGCAGGUUCGCCACAAGCUGCUGCAGCUGCUCCGGGCCUACUCGCCCAGCGCCCAGGUCAAGCGGCUCCUGCAGGCCUGCAAGCUGCUCUACACGGCCCUGAGGACCCAAGCAGGGGAGGCCGCGGGGGCAGAUGAGUUCCUUCCGCUGCUGAGCCUUGUCCUGGCCCAGUGCGACCUUCCCGAGCUGCUGCUGGAAGCUGAGUACAUGUCGGAGCUGCUGGAGCCCACCCUGCUCACCGGAGAGGGCGGGUACUACCUGACCAGCCUCUCCGCCAGCCUGGCCCUGCUGAGUGGCCUGGACCAGGCUCACACCGCGCCCUUGAGCCCCUCACAGGAGCUGCAGCGCUCCCUCAGCCUCUGGGAGCAGCGCCGCCUGCCGGCCACCCACAGCCUCCAGUGCCUCCUCCGAGUAGCCCACCAGGACCCCAGCAGUGGCUGCACCUCCAAGACCCUGGCUGUGCCUCCAGGAGCCUCGAUUGCCACCCUGAACCAGCUCUGUGCCACUAAGUUCCGAGUGACCCAGCCCGACACUUUUGGCCUCUUCCUGUACAAGGAGCAGGGCUACCACCGCCUGCCCCCUGGAGCCCUGGCCCACAAGCUCCCCGCAACCAGUUACCUUGUCUACCGCAGGGCAGAGUGGCCUGAGACCCAGGGGGCCUCGCCUGGGGCUACACCGGAGUUUGGCAGUGGGGAGCCAGAGGCAGGAGGCAGGGAGUUGGAGAAAGGGGAGGGAGAUGGGCACAUCGGGGUCAAAGCCAGUCCUGGGGAUAGCCAGGGAGAGUCUGACACCAGAGCUGAGAGGGCCAAGGCAGGGAUGGGCCAGGCCAGGGGGGCCCCUGCUCAGCCAGGGGGGCCAGAGGCUGCGGGAAGCCAGGCAGCAGAGGAGUAGCCGGAAUUGAUCAGAAGGGUCAUUUGAGACAGAAAGCUGAGCCUGCUGGGAAGGCCUCUCAGAGCCAUCAGCCCCACCCCUGCAGGCUUCCCCACCCCAGCCAC